UGUGUGUCUCUGCUGCUUUCACUCUGCUGCGGACCGUUUUCCUCGGGACUCUGACUGAAGAUGUAAAAAAAGAAAAAAGUCUCUAUGUUUUCUACAUUGUCUUCAAGCUUCAGUAGAAAGUCCGCAAAGUGUUUUAGCUUAAAUCUAAUCGGAGUCGGGCGUCGUGAAGUCGUUUUGCGUCCAUUCGGUGUGACGAGCAGAAAAAGCGGAUCCGUGUUCGUCUGAACUCAGGACCAUGUUCCCAUCCAGCAGCUCUGCCCUUCUUCACAGUUACUACCUAACAUGAAGGACUGAAGUCUGAGGACGCAGUGCCCCCUGCUGGACUACCACUGCAGAUGGAGGCCAUGGCUGAGCCCAGCUACUCUGAUCUGAUUGCCAAACAUUACAAUUACACCGGCAAGUUCCGCAAGACGCAGCAGGACUCUGGUUUGAAGGCCGAUUCUGUGGUCUUCAUCAUUGUGUGCUGCUUCAUCAUCCUGGAAAACAUCCUGGUCCUGACCACGAUCUGGAGGACCAAGAAGUUCCACAAGCCCAUGUAUUACUUUAUCGGGAACCUGGCACUAUCUGAUCUGCUGGCCGGCGUCGUCUACACUGCCAACAUCCUACUGUCGGGUGCCAACACCUACAAGCUGACACCCACCCAGUGGUUCUUCAGGGAAGGCAGCAUGUUUGUGGCACUGGCAGCAUCUGUCUUCAGCCUUCUUGCCAUUGCCAUUGAGCGCCACCUCACCAUGCUGAAGAUGAAGCUGCAUAAUAAUGGCAACACCUUCCGUGUCUUUCUACUCAUCAGCACCGUGUGGAUGAUUGCAGCAGUGCUAGGCGGCCUGCCAGUGAUGGGCUGGAACUGCAUCCAGAGCAUGGCACAGUGCUCCACCGUGCUACCACUCUACCACAAAACCUACAUCCUGUUCUGCACCACUGUCUUUAGUGUCAUUCUUAUGGCCAUUGUGGUGCUCUAUGCCAGGAUCUAUGCGUUGGUGCGCACUCGCAGCCGCAAACUCGUCUUUCGCAAAGUCUCCAAUGGUCGCAGCAAUGCCAGUGCAAACAGUAAGAGCUCAGAGAAGUCAAUGGCACUGCUGAAGACAGUCAUCAUCGUCCUCAGCUGCUUCAUCGCCUGCUGGGCACCACUCUUCAUCCUCUUGCUACUAGAUGCGGCCUGUGAGACACUAAGCUGCCCCAUCCUCUACAAGGCAGAGUGGUUCCUGGCACUUGCUGUCCUAAACUCCGCCAUGAACCCGCUCAUCUACACGCUGACCAGCAACGAGAUGCGCCGUGCAUUCCUAAAGACGCUGAUGUGUUGUACCUCCUUCAUUCGACCACGCACCAAGCUCACAGGCCCGAUCGUGGGGGCGGAGUUUAGCCGCAGCAAGUCUGAUAACUCCUCCCACCCCAACAAGGAGGAGGCAGAGUAUUCACCCAGGGAGACAACAGUAGUGUCCUCUGGGAAUGUCACCUCAUCAUCCUAAAAAUCCAGGAGAAACAAGCAGAAGAGGGAGAUGUACAGGGUCAGAUGAGGAGUAAACAUUUGUGCGUAAAACAGGUGUGAAUGGUGCCACAUAACCAAGUCACAAACCUCUAGCUGACCAGAACUCACAGAAUUUCAAAUUGAUGGAACUGGGACCUGCGAAACCUGAAGUAGAGGAGGUCCACACACUGUAUAUAGCUCACAACCUUCACGUCACAGCACCUGCAGGAGGGUCAGUGGCUUUAACUGUUUCAUGGUGAUCCUGCUUCAUUCAGCAUCUGGUCAGACCAGAAAGUGCUUCUUCAGAGUUUAUCCAGACAUCCAAACAUCCUUGUGAUACACAGUAUCUAUGUGCAAAAUACACUUUACCAGACAGUUAAAGUAGUGAAUUAUUGAUGUGUUUUGAUGCAUCAAAGUCAGUUUUACUGAAUAACAGUUACAAGCUACAUAGACAGUGAUCCAAAUAGAGGAAUCAGACUUUAUACUCACCCUCUAAGAAUAACUAGAACAUAUAGCACUUAAUACACAAUUGUCAGAUAUUUGAGAAAUACAAAUUAAUUAAAGAAAAAUUUCCUCUGCCUCCUUUUUCCUGUAGAUUUUUAAGAAAAACUCACAUCCAGAAACCAACCUUAGUGCAGAGCUCAGCUGCUUUUCACUACAGUUGAUCUUUCACAUAAGACACUCUUUAUAUAAGGUUUCAAAGUAGCAGCUAAUGACUUUAAUAAUCAUUAUUAAAUCUUUUAUCAGUGCUUUAUUAUUAUUUUAUUCUGGAUCAAAAAGAAAAAUAAUAAAGAGGCAAACUUUACAUGCCUUCAAAACAAGUGAUGUUCAGUCAUGAUUUUUGCAUUAAAAAGAAGUAUUUAAAAAUAAAAAUUAAAAUCAUAACUAACUUUUCUUGAUGAUGCAAUGAGGUCAAAAGUUUCACAUAAAAAGUUAGAUAUAAUUUGUCAAUUCUUAAAAUUGAUUUAGCUUAAUUUGUUAAGUAUUGAUCUUUUUUUUUUUUUAUCUUGCCAAUUUUUUCCCAAAAUAAUCUGAUUAUGUCAAAACUUUUCUCUCUACUCAUAUUUUUAGCUCAUCAUUUUUAAAACAUAACCAUUUCAGCCAGAGUUUUGUGUUGGUCAUUAAACAAAAAUCUAUUUUUUGAAUCAUGAUUAAUAUUAUUCACAUUUUGGCCUCAAACUUUUGAAUUAAUCGUGAAAGAAAAAAGAAACAAGAAAUCCGAACCAUCAAAUGUUCGGCACAUGUUUAUGAAAAAUUCUCAAAAAAGAAAUACUAGCCUCAUCAUUUCAGCUGACCUCACCUGCUAAUAAAAAGCUCACUGAUAACUGAUUUGUCUGAUUUGUCCAAGAAGCAACUGAACUCUGAACUCAUGAAUAUUUUUGAUGUGAUGUUUUUGUAAAAAAUUAGAAACCUUUGGAUCAGAAUGCAUUUUCUACUUUCUGCCUGUGUUCCCAUUGUUGUUCGUAGUCAUGGCAGUGUAGUUUAAUUAAUUUAUAUGUGAAAGCAGAAAGGAAAAUGUAAUUUUACCUGUCAGAUAAAUGAGAAGAUGAUUUAUUCUGUGCAAAUUUGUUGAAUUUUGUCUCAGAGCUACGGAAGCCUAUUUCUACCAAAAGAAAUCAACAAAGGUAUUCCAUGCAAACUAAUUCUAAUGACAUGAUUACACUGAAACUGUCAUUGACUCUCAGCAAUGCAACUUUAAUAUUAAAUUCUGAGCUGUCGGUUAAAAAAAUUUGCAGCAGCAGAUUUGUAGUUAAAUCUGAUUUUCAUUAGUGCUCGUGGUCAAGAAAGAUUAUAAAUUUGUUGGGUAAUUAUUUUCAGAAGAACUGUAAUCUGACUGAAAGCUAUGAGAAAGAUCUAAAAUGGUCCCUGUGAUGAGACUAUUUUUGAUAAUCAUGAUUAUGUUUAGUUAUUGGCAGGAAUGGGCUUUCAUACCAAUCUUACUCUGUUACCAAGGUCGCCAGUCCCUUUCAGCUUCUCUCAUCAUUUAUCAGGAGCUGAUUGAUUAAUCAAUUAAUUCCUCUUUGUUUGUGAUCAAGAAGAUUAUUACAGUCCCUGCUGAACUGUGCACUCUUUAACUCCUGAAUGCUGGGUUGAUGGUCUGUUAGCAAUUAAUAAAGACAAAAGUAGAAAUAGA